AUGGGUGCGGGACUGGUGCGGGCCUGGAUCAGGUUCACAGGGGGGAUCAAGGCACCGCAUCAAGUGGUGCGGCAGGAUGCUGCGUUGCACCAACCGGGUGUACCUCCACCCCGCCAUCCUUUCUUUCCCACCGCGCCGUCCUCUCUCCCUUCCACCCGCCGUCGCCACCCACCCGCCGUCGCCUCUCCUUCCUACCCGCCGUCGCCCCUCCCUCCUCCUCGCCGUCGCGUAUCCCUCCUCCCCUCCGUCGCCUCUCCCUCCUCCCCGCCGUCGCCUCUCCCUCCUCCCCUCCGUCGCCUCUCCCUCCUCCCCGCCGUCGCCUCUCCCUCCUCCCCGCCCUCGCCUCUCCCUCCUCCGCGCCGUCGCCUCUCCUUUCCUCCCCGCCGUCGCCUCUCCCUCCUCCCCGCCCUCGCCUCUCCCUCCUCCGCGCCGUCGCCUCUCCUUUCCUCCCCGCCGUCGCCUCUCCCUCCUCCCCGCCGUCGCCUCUUUUCCCCUCCCCGCCGUCGCCUCUCCCUCCUCCCCGCCGUCGCCUCCGGCGGCAGAUUGGUCUCCUCUCGCAUUGCAAUUUCAUUUGAAGAAGGGGAGAGACGGAGCGCGAGGGAGAGCAUGUACACGGGAGCGAACACGCAGGAAAGCGCGCGUGAGAGUGCGCGUGAGAGAGCGCACGAGAGAGCGCACGAGAGAGCGCCGAGAGAGCGCACGAGAGAGCACGUGAGGGAGCGCGUGAGAGAGCGCGUGCGAGUGAGAGUGCUCCUGAGAGUGCGCGUGAUAGAGCGCGUGAGAGAGCUCAUGCGCGUAAGGGAGCGCGUGCGCGUGAGAGAGCGCGUGCGCGUGAGAGCGCGAGUGCGCGUAAGAGAGCUCGUGAGAGUGCGAGUGAGAGAGCGCGUGAGAGUGCGGAUGAGAGUGCGCGUGAGAGUGCACGUGAGAGUGCACGUGAGAGUGCAAGUGAGAGUGCGCUUGACUGAGUGCGUGAGAGAGAGCACGGGAGGAAGCACGUGGGAGAGCGCGUGGGAGAGCGCGUGA